AUGGACAGCCAGCCGCCUCUGCACCACCCGUCGCCAGACGUGCUGAUGCCUACCACUGAAGUCGCGGGCCCGGAGACGCCUAGGUAUCGCGCUCAAUCGCGUUCCGAGUCGGCGGCGCCUGUCAAUAUGUCAAAGCUACCCUCGCCCGACCGUGUCAAGUUCACGUCUCCCCCACCUCGCACCACGUCCUCAAUGACGCCGCCGCCAUCGUCGCAGUUGCCAAACUCACGUGCUGCCAUGCGCACGCCCACGCCGCCCACUCCCCAGCUUACCUCGCCGCCCCCAACGAGCAAGCUGCCUAACCAGCCCUCUGUGCUCACAGAUGCGGCUGCAGCGCUCUACUCGUCCAUGGUCCACAGCCUGUCCGACAUCCUACGCGACGUGAGGUUGUCUGCUGCGCAUUACAAGCUGCAGUACAACAUGGCCGCCAUGGAGAGUCAGGAGUCGGCUAGUCGUAUGGCUGUCGAGCUCGCCAUGGCCCAGAGAGAGAUUGACGUCCUCCAGCAAGCUGAGGAGAAGCGAAGGAGCUCGAUGGCUCCACCCGAGCCAACCUACCAGGAGUCUGCCAAUGCAGCUAAUGCCAUCAUGAUAUCCGAGAUGAACCGCCACAAUCAGAUGCUGCAGAGCGAGAACGAGGAGCUCCGGAACGUGUACGAGCAACAGAAGCGCUUGACUGAGCAUCGUGAGGGCGAGCUUGCCAGCCUUAUCGAGGAGAACGACAGGCUCAAGACUAGGAUUCGCAUGAACCGAGACCACAUUGCUCCGCUCCUCGAGCAGAUUGGCGAAAACUCGCCGCGAUCUGUUGAUGCGCGGGGCCAGAGCAACUUCGAGGCUCUUCUGCUUGCCGACAAGAUGCUCAGCCAGGAGACCGCCACCGCUCCCACUACUCCAGUCCGAGCAAGCAUGCAGCGAUCGCGAUACGGACACCACCGAGGCGCCCAGUCAAUGUCAUCGCUUCCUCAAACCCCAAACCGCCGCAUUGCGCAACCUAGGGCUGAAGUACCGCGCACUCCCCCUGCCUACAUUCCUGCCACUAUCCCUCAGUCCGCACCUCCUGCGCACUAUGGGCAGAAACCAGCGACCGCUCGCCGUCAGAGUAGCAACUCUACCAUCACUGCUUCGAGCGUGGAUGAAGAGGAAGCGUAUACUGACCGGGAAGAGGAUGAAGUCAAAGAGUCUCAAGCUAGCCAGAUGGCCACGAGUAUGCUGCGCAAAGCCCCAGCUUCCAAGAUGUCUGCCCCACCUCCCACAUCGUCGAACCUAGUGCAAAGCAAGAUUUUCGGCCAAGUCAAGAAAGGACAUGGUCUUACACGCCCGGGCGAAAAUGAGAAGCGAAGACUUCAGUCAACCCCAUCCACGGAGCAACUCAGCAGUCCGAUGAAGCGAGGACGAGUCAACCCUGGUGUAGGUCUCGGCAUUGGCGGUUUGUUGCGCGACUGA